AUGUCGAAUCCACAAGCAAAGACAAUACGUUUAACCGUCAUUGCAGCGGAUGGUCUAUAUAAGAGAGAUGUCUUUCGGUUACCCGAUCCUUUUGCAGUAGUUACCGUGGACGGAGAACAAACACAUACCACCUCCGUUAUAAAGAAAACUUUGAAUCCAUAUUGGAACGAAAGCUUUGAUAUACAAGUAUCAAAUCAAAGCGUUAUAGCUGUUCAAAUUUUUGACCAGAAAAAAUUUAAAAAGAAGGAUCAAGGAUUUUUAGGUGUUAUAAAUGUGCAAGUUGGUGAUGUGUUUGACGUUAAUACAAGCGGGGAUGAAAUGUUGACGAGAGAUUUGAAAAAGUCAAAUGCAAAUGAAGUAGUUCAUGGUAAACUCAUUAUUAACUUAACCACAAAUGUAAAUACACCAGCGAAUCAUCCUGGUGUGCAAGGUAAUAUGGGAGCAACUUCAACAAGUCAUACCCGAAACCUUUCCGUUUCAUCAUCCACGUCGAAUCCAAGGGCUAACCCUCCAGAGGGUUCAUCGCAUUCUACUAGUUUGUCUACUUCUGCUCCUCCGGUGACACCUAGUGGGCAAAAUUCUACUCAGGGUGUAAAUGUUACAACCCCUGCUCCUAGUCGAACGUUUGGUUCCUUUGAAGAUCAAUAUGGACAUUGGGAACGUCGUGUUGAUCAUCUCGGACGCACGUAUUAUGUCGACCAUAAUUCGCGUACAACAACUUGGACAAGGCCAUCAAUAAACGCAACUUCUGCUCAACGAUUACAAGAACAACAAAAUAUAACAGAAUUGGAGCGUCGCCGUCAUAAUAAUCGUACUCUUCCCGAAGAACGACCAGCUGGGUCGUCUUCUCCUUUGCCAAGUGCUUCAACUUCAUCCACUUCAAUUUCAAAUCCGCCUCCUUCAGAAGCUUCCGUAAGCACUGCUGCAACUACAGUAUCAAACGGAUUAGCACCUGUCGGUCAUGUUGGGGCUACUACCGCUGGAUAUGGUCCUUUACCGUCUGGUUGGGAACAAAGAACAACGCCUGAGGGAAGGCCAUAUUUUGUGGACCAUAAUACCAGGACGACAACAUGGGUUGACCCUCGCAGGCAACAAUAUAUUAGGAUGUACGGAGGCAAUGCUAACAAUGUCACCAUUCAACAACAACCUGUGUCUCAACUUGGUCCAUUGCCUUCUGGUUGGGAGAUGCGGUUGACGAGUACUGCCAGAGUGUACUUUGUAGAUCAUAACACAAAGACGACCACAUGGGAUGAUCCUCGAUUGCCUAGUAGCUUAGAUCAAAAUGUUCCUCAAUAUAAGAGGGAUUUCCGCAGAAAACUUAUUUAUUUCAGAUCUCAGCCGGCCCUUCGUCCUGUUCCAGGUCAAUGUCAUAUUAAAGUUAGACGUAGUCAUAUUUUCGAAGACGCUUACUCGGAAAUUAUGAGACAAACGCCUCAAGAUUUGAAAAAACGACUGAUGAUCAAAUUUGAUGGGGAAGAUGGGUUGGAUUAUGGUGGUUUAUCUAGAGAAUUCUUCUUCUUGCUCUCGCAUGAAAUGUUCAAUCCUUUCUAUUGUCUUUUUGAAUAUUCGGCGCAUGAUAAUUACACUCUUCAAAUAAAUCCUCAUUCUGGAAUUAAUCCUGAGCAUCUCAACUACUUUAAAUUUAUUGGAAGGGUUGUCGGUCUUGCUAUUUUCCAUCGUCGAUUUUUAGACGCUUUCUUCAUUACCUCAUUUUACAAAAUGAUUUUAAAGAAAAAAGUUGGUUUACCGGACAUGGAAAGCGUUGAUGCAGAUUUCUUUAGAAGCUUGACUUGGGCUUUAGAAAACGACAUUACCGAUGUAUUGGAUUUGACAUUCUCAACAGAAGAUGAACGUUUCGGUGAAGUAGUGACGGUUGAUUUAAUACCAGACGGUCGAGAGUUGCCGGUUACAGAGGAUAACAAAAAAGAAUAUAUUGAUCAUAUUACGGAAUGGCGUAUUUCUAAACGUAUCGAAGAACAAUUCAAGGCGUUUAUGGAAGGGUUUAAUCAGCUUAUACCACAAGAUUUAAUUGCCGUUUUCGACGAACGAGAAUUAGAGUUAUUAAUCGGCGGUAUCGCGGAAAUUGACGUUGAUGAUUGGAAGAAACACACUGAUUAUAGAGGAUAUACUGAAUCUGAUGAUGUUAUACAGUGGUUCUGGGAGUGUGUCCGAUCAUGGGAUUCUGAAAAGAAAUCUCGCUUAUUGCAAUUUACUACCGGAACGUCCCGUAUUCCAGUCAAUGGAUUCAAGGAUUUACAAGGUAGCGAUGGUCCAAGGCGAUUUACUAUCGAAAAGGCCGGAGAUAUUACUCAACUUCCAAAAAGUCAUACCUGCUUUAAUCGUAUCGAUUUGCCACCUUACAAAAAUUAUGAGUCAUUUGUAUCUAAAUUAACUCUAGCGGUAGAGGAAACUAUGGGGUUCGGACAAGAAUAA